GCAGCCUGCAGGCCACUCGGGCGUUGAUGGUGGCUGCGAUACUCCUGGGCCUUGUUGGCGUCUUCGUGGCGGUGACCGGCAUGAAAUGCAUGAAGUGCAUGGAAGACGACCAGGUGAAGAAGCUGCGGAUGGCUGUCUUGGGUGGAGUGAUCCUCAUCAUCGCAGGUUUGGCAGCACUGGUGGCCACGUCGUGGUAUGGCAACAGAGUAGCUCGGGCAUUUUACGACCCUUUCACACCCGUUAACACCAGAUUUGAGUUCGGAUCUGCUCUCUUCAUUGGCUGGGCAGCUGCUUCUCUGGCCAUCCUGGGGGGAGCAUUCCUCUGCUGCUCCUGUCCACGGAGAGAAACGUCCUAUCCACCAACCCGAGGCUACCCGAAAAAUGCCCCCUCCACAGGCAAGGAUUACGUAUAAUGAAAUGAAGAAGAGGAGCCGCCAGCACUGGUAGUGAAAGCAUUUUGGAAAGGACACUACGAUGCCGCUGUCCUGAGCAGAGUUCAGACUCUAGGUCCUGCCUUCCUCUUCUCCCAAAAAUGUGUAUAUUUUUGUAAUCAUCUUUGCUACUGGACGUAACUUCUCCUUUUUCUCCCAGCCCAUGGAGGAAGGCUAGCCUAGGUCCAUAGGUAUUGCCACUGGAAAGAUGAAACCUCCAAGCUUGGGUUAAGUUUAGUGUUUGGGAGUAAAAGGGAAAAUGAUACUUUUUUUUAGAUGGAUGUUGGUGCUUUUUUUAGUUGGUUUUUUUUUAAAAAAAUAAUAGAUGGUAACAAAUCAGUCCCAUAUCCCAUUAAGUUAGAGCCCAGUGUGGUGUGUGUAGAAAUUAAAGGAACAUAUAUAAUAUACAAAGUGAUGAAACCAAUAGCUUAAGGGGAGACAUGAUUUUAGGGAAAAGACUUUACAUGUAGGAAUGUUUGAAGAGAUCCAAAAUGUUC